AUGUCUGCUUUCCUCCCUCUUCCUCUCUCUCUUUCUCAUCCUCACUCUCUAACAAUAUAAACAUAAAAUUAUAUAAAAAAUAGAAUGAACAAUAUUAACAAAACAAUAUAA